UCUAAAAAAAUUUAAAAAUAAGAAAAGUUAAAAGGAUUGACAGAAUCAUUAGGAGAUAAAAUAAUAUGAAGAAAGGGAUAAAAGAACAGUUCGUAUCCCGCACCAUAAAAAACGGAAACACUCGGACAAAUUCCUGAUUCCACAGAUGUUGCCAUGAUGACUUUGAUAAAGGCUAUGCUCUCACAAAUUCAUCAACAAAGACUAGAAAAAUGCAGGCCUAACCCACUAAGUGACUGUGUGGUACAACUCAGUGCUUUACAUAUUACUUCUCCGAACAUCUAUAAAUUCAGGCUCCUUCCAGUACACACAGAAGCUAAACUGAGUAACCAUUUCUAUGGGCCAUGGAAAUGGAAAUGGUGAUGACAUUUCCAAUUUUCAUCCUCUUCUUCCAAACUAUUGUUUUCAUUGCUCUAAUCAAAUCAUCUGAUGGUUUAUCAGGAGUAGAACUAGAAGCCCAAGCACUCUUGAAUUGGAGAACCAGUCUGAAAAAUCAGACCUUGGAUUCAUGGCUUUUCAAGACCAACAAUAAGACCGGCCAUUGUGGCUGGUUUGGCAUUCAAUGCAGCGAUGGGGGAAGUGUAAUUGAGAUAAGCCUCUCAAAUUCAAAUCUUGAAGGUACUCUUGGUCGAUUUAACUUCUCCUUGUUACCCCAUUUAAUCCACCUCGAUCUCAGUUUGAACUCCCUUGAAGGAACGAUUCCGCCAGAUAUUGGUCGUCUUUCGAACCUCACUUUCUUGGAUUUGUCUCAUAAUGAAUUAUCUGGUUCAAUCCCGAAUACAUUCUUUUCUGGUCUCAGAAAACUUCAAAUCCUAAACCUCACUACAAAUCAUAUUGGCGGCCAAAUUUCAACAAGUAUUGUAAACCUUACUAAGCUUCGUGAGCUUCGGCUCGGUUACAACUCCUUCACUGGUUCUAUUCCUGAACAACUAGGUUUUGUCCACUCUCUCCAAAUACUCGAACUCUAUGAAAACCCACAUUUAGUAGGGCCCAUCCCUGGUUCUCUUGUCCAGCUCCAAAAGCUUCAGAGAAUGGAUAUUAGUACAUGCAAUCUGAGUUCGAACAUCCCACCACAAAUAGGAGACAUGAAAGAGUUGGUUGAAAUCUCUCUCUCUAAGAACCUUCUAUCUGGCCCCAUUCCUCCUUCUAUUGGUAACCUAACCAAGCUCACCAUCUUGGAUCUCUCCUAUAACCAGCUCUCAGGAGCUCUUCCUUCUGAGAUUGGAAACUUGGGAUCGUUAACAUCUCUCGAUUUGUCGAGUAACACCCUCGGAGGCUCAUUGCCGAGAACAUUAUCCCGCCUCAGGAAGCUGGAAAUGUUCUUUAUCGAAAGCAAUUUGUUCUCUGGCACCAUUCCAGUAGAUAUUUGGGAGCACAAUCAAUUGUUGGGGGCCGACUUGUCUUUCAAUACCUUCUCGGGUACACUACCUUCAGGAAUAUGUAGAGGGAAUAACCUCAUAAAUUUCUCCGCCAGCCACAACAAUUUCUCGGGGCCCCUGCCGGAAGGCUUGAAGAACUGCACGAGUGUGAUCUGGUUCGUAGUCGAGAAUAACCGUCUCGAGGGGAAUGUUUUCGAGGCUUUCAGUGUCCAUCCUGAUCUGAUGUCUGUUGACUUGUCUAGGAAUCAAUUUUCUGGCCACAUUCCAGAAAACAUUGAUGAAACAAUGCCGAAACUAAAUUUCCUAUCUGCAGCAGGUAACCAUAUGGUGGGAACAAUUCCUUCCACUAUUCACAAGAUGAGAUAUUUGGGUCUUCUCAACCUUUCUGGGAACAACUUCACUAGUACCAUCCCCACCUCGCUGCCCAAUAUGGAAUACUUUCUGAUUUCUAAUAACCACAUCACGGGAACCAUUCCCAACUCUGUGGGGAACAUGACCAAACUGGUUGUCUUAGACGUUUCAGGAAACAGGUUAAGUGGUGUUAUCCCUUCUAGCUUGGGGAAUUGUAAGUCGCUUGAAGUAUUGGACUUGAGCAACAAUAAUAUGCUCGGAGGCAUUCCAUGGUCGCUCGGGCAAUUAGGGAUCCUUCAGACACUGCACUUGAACAACAAUAGCCUAUCAGGAGAGAUCCCUUCAUCCUUGAGAAACUGUUCUGGUUUAGAUAUUAUCGAUCUUGGUGAGAAUGGAUUCUCAGGUGUUAUUCCUACUUGGAUUGGUGAAAGCUUCUCAUCACUACGCAUUCUUCGUUUACGAUCAAACAAGUUUACAGGGAGAAUCCCUCAAGAGCUGCCACUCUUGCGUUCUCUUCAAGUCUUGGACCUUGCAGUAAAUAAUUUAUCAGGUGAGAUCCCUCGGACAUUUGACAACUUCACAUCAAUGGCAAUCAAGCUAAGAGACUUCCAUAACAGUUCCCAUGGGAAGUAUUAUGAGGAAAACAUUGUAAUUUCAACAAAGGGGCAAGCACUCCCAUAUAGCAGGACUCUUUCCCUGGUUACAUGCAUGGACAUUUCUAGUAAUAAUAUUGUCGGGAUUAUCCCGGAAGAGUUAACCAGCUUGGUAGGCUUGAUCGUGCUAAACUUGUCCAGCAAUCACCUAACUGGGAAUAUCCCCAAAAGGAUCAGUGCACUGAAGGAGCUGGAGUCUCUAGACCUUUCGAACAAUCUACUUUUUGAUGGCAUCCCACCAGGAAUCUCAUCCCUGACAUUCUUAAGCUACUUAAACUUCUCAAAUAACAACUUAUCAGGACCCAUUCCCUCCAGCAAUCAAAUGGAAACUUUUCAGGAAUCGACAUAUUCUGGGAACCCAUAUCUUUGUGGAUUUCCUCUUUUUAAAAAGUGUGAAGUCCCUACCCAAGUGUGGACUACUAUUCAUAAGAAAGAUGAUGAUGAGGUUGGAUUUGGGAUUGAUGUGAGUGUAGGGAUGGGUUUCGGCAUAGGAUUUGGAGGUCUUUUCUUAGUUCUAUCUGUCAAAAGGCCUUGGAGCCGUGCAUGUUUCAAGUUCAUUGAUCUUAUUGUGAAGAAACUGCUAUGGGCAUUGUAGCACAUGCACACACACACACAUACUCAUGUGGUAAUCAGAAAGGUCACAUGGUCUUAUGCAUGUUUUGAUAUUGUGAUUAGUAAUGCAGAAACUUCUUGAGUU